ACUCGCCUGGAGCGCGCGGGCGAGGCAGGCGCAGCGCACCGGGGCUCUCGUGGGCGCACUGCUGCGCGCUCGCACCGCGCGGCUCUCAGUGGCCGGCCGCCGCCUGAGCGCAGGGCUCCCCGAUAAGAGCCGCUGGGGCUUCCGAUCGCGACCCCGCUCCCUGCCACUUGGCCCAUCCGGGCCACCUCUUUUUGGCCAUGGCUCUGGCGGACAGCACCCGAGGAUUACCCAACGGGGGCGGAGGCGGAGGUGGCAGCGGCUCGUCGUCGUCCUCGGCGGAGCCGCCGCUCUUCCCGGACAUCGUAGAGCUGAACGUGGGAGGGCAGGUGUAUGUGACCCGGCGCUGCACCGUGGUGUCCGUGCCCGACUCGCUGCUCUGGCGUAUGUUCACGCAGCAGCAGCCGCAGGAGCUGGCCCGGGACAGCAAAGGCCGCUUCUUUCUGGACCGGGACGGCUUCCUCUUCCGCUACAUCCUGGAUUACCUGCGGGACUUGCAGCUCGUGCUGCCCGACUACUUCCCGGAGCGCAGCCGGCUGCAGCGCGAGGCCGAGUACUUCGAGCUGCCGGAGCUCGUGCGUCGCCUCGGGGCGCCCCAGCAACCCGGUCCGGGGCCACCGCCGCCGCACUCGCGCCGCGGGGUGCACAAGGAGGGCUCUCUGGGCGAUGAGCUGCUGCCGCUGGGCUACGCAGAGCCCGAGCCGCAGGAGGGCGCCUCGGCCGGGGCGCCUUCGCCCACGCUGGAGCUGGCUAGCCGCAGCCCGUCCGGGGGCGCGGCGGGGCCCCUGCUCACGCCGUCCCAGUCUUUGGACGGCAGCCGGCGCUCCGGCUACAUCACCAUCGGCUACCGCGGCUCCUACACCAUCGGGCGCGACGCUCAGGCGGACGCCAAGUUCCGGCGGGUGGCGCGCAUCACCGUGUGCGGCAAGACGUCGCUGGCCAAGGAGGUGUUUGGGGACACCCUGAAUGAGAGCCGGGACCCCGACCGGCCCCCGGAGCGCUACACCUCCCGCUAUUACCUCAAGUUCAACUUCCUAGAGCAGGCCUUCGAUAAGCUGUCCGAGUCGGGCUUCCACAUGGUGGCGUGCAGCUCCACGGGCACCUGCGCUUUUGCUAGCAGCACCGACCAGAGCGAGGACAAGAUCUGGACCAGCUACACCGAGUACGUCUUCUGCAGGGAGUGAGCUCCCCACGCCCGCCCCUCGCCACUCCGGUGCCCACUUCCCUUCCUCCCCUCGGGGGACAGGAUUAUAGAUGCCCUCGCUUCCUCCCUGUUUCCCGAUUCCUUCUGCCCCCACCCCCAGAUCUCCUAGUAGGUCACCCAGACCCGUCUGCACCCCACUUGCGAAUCUGCAGCCACAAAUCCUCUGGGCGUCUUCAUCAUCUUUGGACCCCACUAGCCGAGAGAGUGUUCUGAUGUAGCCCUUCACUCAUGCUUCCUCUACUCCUGGCCUCCAACCACCCUUCCCCCAGAUUGUCGUGAUCUAGUGGGACAGUCACCAAGUACCUGGGAAUGACUGAAUUGAUCAGAAUCGGAUUGCACGGUGUCCGGCGUGCAGUUCGGACGAGUCCUUGACAUCUUAAACCCUUUGACUCCAUAGCGGUUUCAGAGAUCAGAACUGAGAGUGCUGUGUGGAGAGAGUGCUUUAAAAGGUUGUUAGAGAUUUGACCCUCAUUAGAAAGAGAGUUUUAGACAAUUGAAUGGUAGACCGUAUGCUGGAAGACCCCAAGGACGCAGUUCAGAGACUGUAAAUAAAGAGAUUUUUUUGUUUGUUUUUAAAGUUACAGGUAGAAGUAAAUUCUAGUACUGGCAACAGGGGAGAGUUCUAUUUACCCCCAACACAUUAGAUCUCCUGUGGCUUAAAAUUGUAGAAAGCAAUCCUCCUGCCUGCGGAGGCGCCCUUUCUCUUCAGCUGUUUGCCGAGCUUUAGGUUUUGUUGGUUAAGGCUUCUAGGCUAGGAGCAGGCAGGGAGCGGGAGGCAGCGCUUCUAGAAGUCACCUGGCAGUGACCCAGUAACGCAGGAGUGGUUAGUAGGGACAGUCAGCCCUUACUUAGGUCUAGGACUGUGGGAGGGUUGGGGAGGGAGGAAAGAUGGGAGGAAGGGCGGGAGGGAGGAGGGGGACAUGCUCAUUUAUUAUUUGAAAGUUGGAAGUUUGUAUAAUCCAUUUGAGUAUGUGCGCAUUUAAAAAAAUAUGAAACAGUACGUGUAAACUUAGAUUUUAUCAAGAUUAGUAGAAGACCCAUCUUCAGCUGGAAGUCUAUCGAGCUAUUUUGAGUCCUAAACUUAGUUGCUAAUACUUGUAUAACCUAACCAAAGAGUUACCUAGUAGAGUUUUUAGUGAUUUGAACAUUUAUUUUUCUUGUUGAUUCUAUUUCCUCACUUAUAGCCUAUUUACUUAAGCAAAAUAAGUUUGAUUUUUAAUUACUUAGACUUCAGAUCUCUUUAUUAUUAUUAUUAUUAUUGUUAGCAGUAGUGUUUUUAAAUUGAUGUUUUCUGCAAGGCCAGCAAGUGUGGGCUGCUGGGCUGUUCUGAAAACCGGAACAAUGCUCUUUCUUUCCUGCGUUUGUUUGACGUUGCAGUGACAGAUUCGAAAGAUCAACGGAAGCACGGGGGGGGGGGGCUGCCCAUCUGUAGAUAGCUGUCAAGUGGAAUGUUUCUAAAUGAAGGCAAAUAAGUACUUCAGUGUGAGCCGAGCAAUAACGCGGUAUUUAGGUGAAUGCAACAGAAACAGGGGACCUUUGCCUUAUUGCCUUUCCUCUCACGUGGAAUGAAUUCCCAGUGUGUAUCCUGUGUACACCACAGCAGAGAGGAGGUAUGCCCGUAUGCUUCCACACCACAGCAGAGAGGAGGUAUGCCCGUAUGCUUCCCUCUGAGAGACGUCCUUUGGAUAAUCUGUGAUUACAGAGAAGCCUUUGUGUAUGUGUGUGUGUUUGUUUUAUCAUCUUACUCUGAAAUAUGUUUUUAAGGAUUUUUGUAAGAGCCAUUUGAAGUGUUUAAAUUAGAGCUAUUUUUUCCUUGUUUUUAAAAAACGAACCUUGUACCGUGUAUCUCAUCAUAUCCGAGGCAGAUGUUAUGAAUUGGGACAGUUUUAUUCUCAGACUCCUGUGAUCAAAUCUGUACAUACCAUAUACAAACAUUUUACACGAAUCAUUUAGUUUUUUAAUUCAUCUACUGAUGCUAUAAAAUUUCCUAUAUUUACCCCUGGUAACUUGCAUUUGAUGGUGUAUAUACAAAAGCAACGCAUUUUGGUGAGCUUCUCAUAUCCUUGCCUGUGAACUUGGGUCAGGAAAACAGUCACAACUACAAGGCUGGGUUUGCUCCAUACUUUUUUGCUGGGAUGUUAGUUGUAUAGUAAUCAUGUGUCAGCUACCUGUAUUCAAGCUAUCCAUAUUUUUAAUCCAAUGAUGUCUUCAUUUUAAUUGGGAGAUUUUUUUUUCCUUUAGAGAAGAGUUAGCUUCAUGUACAAAGUGUGUGAUUUUAAAGAAAGGGCAGCAGGGGUCCAGGAAGCUGUGCUUACUCCAGCUUUGGGCUUGUUUUUAGGCGGUGGAUCAGGUAAUGGCUCAGAACCUUUGUUUCAAGCCUGAAAUGACUUAGGACUGUCAAUCACUGGCCAAGUGUGAGUCUCAGACUUCUCCCAUGCCACGGAACAGUGCUAGAUUGCUUAAGAAAGAAAUGUAUGAAUAAAAACCAUCUUUAGGACAGCUCAAAAUACACUGAGAGAUGACAAAACGGAAGUUCUAGCUUCCUUGUCAAGUCUGCAUAACACUAGAAGCCAUGGGAAACUGCUGAAGUUUUGUCUGCAUUGUUUAUGAAUUGAAGCUUGGAAAAUUAUUCAGUUUGUCUCACUAACACACAGACAUUUCUGUACCUUCCACCAUACUGGCUGGCCUGUUAAAGAUUGGGCCAUUAGUAUAAGGGACAGUACAUGGACCUCUUCCUGGGAGUGACUGUGCCCUCUGCUGUUAGGGGCAAUGCAUAAAAACUUAGUGCUUUUCAGCCCAAGUUAAGUCUGAGCAGUCAUCUCAUUAUAUGAUAGGUAAGUAUGACUGAGCCAGGCUGAUGUCGUUGGGUCCUUUCCUCUCCAUGCACUUUGGGUUGUAGAAGAAACCCUUAGGGCUUAUAAAAUGUUCUGAAAUCUCGGUCAGCACCUGUGAAUUUGAUGACUGUACCAAACAGUGGAGCCUCUCUCAUCAGUAUCUUUGAAAUGACCCAGAAGAAUAUUAUAAACUACUCAGAUAUUCACGGCUGCAUUAAUCUAUCUCAGAGAGGCAAUCAUUUGCAUAUGUUGAUCAAAUUACCAUUUGAUGCUCAUAAAUAAUGGAAUGACAUUAGGUUUAAUAAGUAAUUUUUUUAAAAAGUGUUGACAGUCUCUGUGGUUGUAAAAAAACAAAACAAAACAGGUCCCAGGUUCCAUGCUUGUCUAUCAGAUGUUUGAUAUGUCUGUUUUUAUUUUAAUACGUGUGGAUUACAAACCACAUUCGUUCUAGAUUUUCAAACAUGUAAUGGAAAAUAUACCUUGCAGGUGUGAGAAAUUUCCCCUUUAAUACUGUUUUUAUUCUAGUGUGUCUUAUUUGUUUUUGUUCAGUUGCUAGCAAAAUGAUAAUUUUAGCCCCAAUUGUCUUCUUUUUCAAAGCAGAAUCAUAUGUGUGUAUACCUGCUGCUUCUCCGGGGAGAUGUAUGAUGUGCCAAUACCCAGAGACAACUGGCAGUGCUUACAACGUGGUCUAAUUUCUAUGGCCGUUUCCAUGGAAUGCAGUUAUUACGUUAAAGCCAUGUAUUACGAAGCUUUGAUAAAUUUUUAACUCUUCAUAUUAUGAUAAAUUCCAAUCUAGCAUUCAAAUAAUUUUUGUACUCCUAUAUGUAAAAUGAGCUAUACAAAUAUUUAGAAAAAUAUUGAGUGAAGGAAGUGAAUUCCUUAAGAAUUUCUUUUACAGUCUAAAAUUACAAGUACCAUAAAACUGACAUGUUUUAAAAAUAGUAAAUUUGGUAUUUUUAUUGUAAAACUCUUAGUUACGUCUUUGCUUAAAAUUUUAUUGUGUUUCCUCUCACUACAAAUCUUUUAAAAUCUGAAUAUUUUGGAUAAUGUAAGUCUCUCUCUCUCUCUCUCUCUCUCUCUCUCUCUCUCUCUCUCUCUCUCAAGUAGUGAAUAAAACACAGUGUUCUCUGUGUCCACAGUACUUGGAAGAAGUUUUCACAUACCUGGAAGUAGGUUAUGUUAUAGCUAACUUUUCUUGGUGACAGUUUUGGAUAGUACACAUCUCAAAAUAUUAAUACUGGAGGAUUUAGAUUCUUUACAAGGCCCAUUAAACAAAGAUGGAAGAAUCCUAUUAGAAGACCUCCACUGGAGUCAGCUGUUGGAUGGUAGGAGGGUUGACCAGUUGACCAAGAAUGCUUGCCACUUUAUUUUAUAAUAUUUUUCCAAGCCAGUUUUGUUUGUUUAAAAUGUGUUUCAAGGUGUGCAGACAUCAAUUUUAAUGUAAACUGCUAUACAACUGUCUUUGUGACUUGAUAGCCAUGUAAACUUUGCUAUAACUAUUGAAUACAAACGAUAUAUACUCAUUCAUUACCACUGAUCAUAUCCGUUGGAUGAUGAAGGAUUGAAACAUUCAUCAUGGUUAUACACUUUGAACAUGUAAAUUAAAUUUUCUGGGUAUUUGAAAAAAAUGCUGUUUGUAAUACUUAUUUGGGUUCUGACAUGUUGAAAUUGUUAUUUGCUAAGCGAUACCUUUGAGCUGUUUCUUUAAAAUCUAAGGGGACAUGGAAAAUAUAAUAAUAUCACACUUUUCUAAUGAAACAUAAAUCCAAGAAUAAAAGCUCUUCUAUAUCCAAAGGGAAACAAAAACACAUGGAUGAAAUCUUUUCAGAGGUGCUCAAACUUUGAAAUUGUCUUCAUCCAUCUAAAUACUCUCCUUCAUUUCUUCUAUUCACAACCAGUUGUAUAAUGGAAACACCCAAUACUGUUUUCCCUGCUGUGUGCGAAGUAAUGAAUCAUUGAUUAUGUGACUUGUUAUGUAUUCUAUUAAACACUAAAGAAUAAAACAUUCACUCCUUUAAUUAC